UUAGUAUCAAGGCUGUAACAUAAAGAAAGCCAGUUCUUACCACAAACCAUCUUUCAAUCGCAAAUAUUGCAAAAAGGAUUAAUAUAUCCUCAUUGUGAACGUUUAAGACAAAUAGCAACACUUAAAACAACUUCCGAACUGGACAAAACUAAGCUAAUCAUUUUUUGGCAGUGAGUCGAUUUAUGGCACAACACCGGAAACAGAAUAUUUAAGGGGAACACAAUUAUAGCCUACCUCUGGCUUACAGGAAAGAGGUCUGUGUGUAGAUUUAAGGCGGAGCAUUAAAACAGAUAAACAGAUACCUGCAGGUGUUAUGCACCUGGUCACCAGCCCAGAGAGGACAAGCGCAGUUCUGCAGCUCUGUCACCAACACAUCUGACAUGAUGACCUCCUGCCAGGAGUUUGAAGUGACUGUCCACACCUCACCUGGUCCCACCUGUGGAACCUUCAACCACCUGUGGCUCAGGCUGAUUGGUUCCCAGAGCGAGACUCCGCCCAUCUGUGUGACCCAGGGCAGUCAUCUCCUGUCAGGAUCGACCUGUCUGGUCUCCAUCCGGUCUAACGACCCAUUGGGACAGCUGGUCCUGGUUCAACUACGAUUGGAAGCCCACACUGGAUUUCCCAACUUGGACUGGCAUUGCAGCAGAGUGGAGGUCCGUCAUGUGGUGGAUGGUACCGAUGACUCCCAAACUCAGAUGUUUCUGUGUGACAGGUGGCUGAAAACAGCUGAUGGAGACAUCGAACUACGUAGCGGAAAGUUGUGUUUGCUGGCAGAAGAAACUGAAGACAAACUGAAGCAGCAUCGCCUUAAACAGCUGCAACACCAGCAGCAGCUUAUCAGGUGGCGUUCUUUUGUUGAUGGAGCUCCUCAGUGUGCCGACUUCAGCAGUAUGUCGGAACUUGGGCCAAACCUCAGCUACACACACAAAAGUCCACCCAUCGAUGUGCACUACCUGAAGGGCUUUGCAGGCCGAACCCAGGCCUGGACCAGUUUCUCAGAGCUGGAGACGGUUUUUGCUCACAGCGGAAACCAAAACAACAUUGCUAGGUUCGUUAAGGCUAACUGGAAGGAGGACUGGUACUUUGGCUACCAGUGUCUGAAUGGCUGCAAUCCUCUGCUGAUCCAUCAGAUCAGCCUCAUCCCUUCAAACUUGGCUGUCACCUCUGAUAUGCUCCGCCCCUUUCUGCCUGGAGGCUCCUCCCUUAAACAGGAACUGCAAAAAGGAACAAUUUACCUGUUGGACUACGAGAUUUUGGAUGGAAUUCCUGCCAACCUGGUCAACGGAAACCAGACGUACCUAUCAGCUCCUCUGUGCCUACUUCAUCUGAACCAGCAAGGAGAGAUGGUCCCCAUCGCCAUCCAGCUCCUGCAGAACCCUGGCCCUCAUAAUCCGGUCUUCCUGCCCUCUGACUCCAACUGUGAUUGGCUGCUGGCUAAGAUUUGGGUUCACAAUGCAGACUUCCAGUGUCACCAGCUGAUCUCUCAUUACAUGAAAACCCACAUGAUAGCGGAACUGUGCUGUGUGGCCACGCUGAGGCAGCUCCCAGACCAGCACCCACUGCACCAGUUGCUGAUGCCUCACGUAAAGACAUCUCUACAGAUAAACCUUCAGGCCCGAGCCUCUCUGCUGGCUGCUAAAGGAGUGUUUGAUCAGGCAGUGAGUUCUGGUCUGAAGACCAUCCCCGUUCUCCUCUCCCGAGCAGCAGCAAGGACACGCUAUCGGUCGCUAUGUGUCCCUGACGACGUGGCGGACCGUGGUGUGGACAAACUACCUCACAGCUACUAUGCUCAGGACGCAUUGAGAGUCUGGGAUACACUGUACAGGUUUGUGUGCAGUUGGGUCGAGCUGUACUACAGAACAGACAAACACGUCCAGAACGACUGCGAGCUUCAGAAUUGGAUCUGUGACAUCAAUACGCACGGCUUCUCAGGCGACUCAGGUUUCCCUUCGUCUUUUCACACCAAAGCAGAAGUGUCCAAGUUUGUCACCAUGCUUAUCUACUCGUGCUCAGCUCUGCACGCUGCUGUCAACUUCUCCCAGUUGGACUUUGCUCUCUGGAUGCCCAACUGUCCAGGCACCAUGAUGCAACCUCCUCCACAGGUCAAAGGUCAAAUAACAGAGGACGACAUUGUGUCCUUCCUGCCAGAUGCCAAUGCUGCCUGUCGAGUUGUAAUGACACUGACCAUGCUGUCACAGCCAGGCCUCGACUUUAUUCCUCUGUGUGACUACAGGGAGGCCAUCUUUAGGACUGAGGACCACCACGAGCUGGUGCAGAAAGUACGAGCUGAACUCAAGGCCAUUUCUGAUGACAUCACAGAGCGUAACAGCCAAUUGGCGCUCCCGUAUCCAUACCUUUGCCCCUCAGGGAUUGACAACAGUGUAGCCAUUUAAACCAGCGUCCGUCGACACCUCUGUCCUCUAAGCCAGGGGUUCCCAAAACUUUUCAGUCCGUAACCCAUAAAUUAACAGUUUCAAAGUCCCGCGACCCCCUGGAGAUGAGUGAAAUAAUUAAACACACACGUAGAACUUAAUCUUUAAUAAGUGUACUCAAAUAGACAGGUUUAGAACCCUCAACAGGUAAAUAUGGUCCGAAUUCACAUUUGAAAACUGUAAAAGGCGACUCUGAAAACAUUCUUGCUGUUGUGUGCAAACUUUAAUAUGUUACAAUCCUUUGCAGUUUUUGUAAGAACUAGGCAGUCGGUUAGCUUUUUGGUAAUUAUCAGCUUCUGAAGUGACAGCAACUCAGUGCCACAACAAUCUCCACACUUUCUCCCUAAUUUUACUCUCUCCCAUCCCCCUCCCUGCACACGCUCACACAAACACAGCAUUGCCAUGGCAACAAAUGGACAUGCAUCUCUGCCUCCCUUGAGUAAACAUUUCCAGAACAUAUUAAAACAAAACUCCUAAACAGGUUACAAAUGUUUGUAACAAAUGCAACUCUUGAUGAAAUCUUAAAAAAUGGUAACGGAAAAGUGCUUUCAUUUCGAUGUAGCAAAAAUAAAUAAAUAAAAUAAACUCAUGCAAAGUCACAAACGAUG